AUGUGGGGUCGAAAUGUGCAUCUCGACAUUGUUGUCCUAUCAACAGCAGAACAAAAAUCUACUCUCAUUCCAAUAGUUGAUAUUGAAAUAGAAAAUUCAUCAUUAACAUCAUUUAUUUUGACAUCAUCAAAUACUGAUAGUUUAAAAACAACUGAUUCACGUCCAAGUGAAAAUCCAAAUUGGUAUGAUGGUUCUUUAGAAACAUAUAUUUAUCAAACAGAACUAAUUCAAAUAGAUUCAUCAAAUAUUCGUAAAAUUUCUAAUGAUGAAAGUUUACGUGAAGUUGAUAUAAAUGCUGUUGGUGAUGAAUUUUUCUUAUUUUCACCACAUCAUACAACUGAUGAUGAAUCAAUAAAUUCAUUAAAUAAUAAUAAUAAUAAUAAGGUAUGAUGGAAAAAGGAAGAAAGGAAAAAAGCCGAAAGGAUAAAUGUCGAAGAAAAUGAGGAGAAACAUCGAAAGAAAAAAUAUCGAAGGGAAAAAUAUCGAAAGGAAAAGAAUCGUCACGAGAGGCCGCUAUAAUAGAAUGAUUGAAACAUUCUCUUUUGAUUGGUUCGUGCCGUUAAAUGUGCUCAUUCUUUAGGUGAAUAUAUGGCCA